GAAGCAGCCAGUUUCCUGAAAGAAGAGCAGCGUGGGUUACAAGACGUAGUACGACACUAGGUCUAAAACGCAUUUAUUUCACCAAUUUUAUAUUUAAAUAUGACAGAAGGCAAAUCAUCAGAGAAGCCGGCGAAAACCCUGCUGGCUUUGAAUCCAAAGGAAGAAGCAGAGUUUCAUAAGAAGGUCCAGCAAGCGAAGAAACGUCCUCAAAAGAGUCAGUCACUUUCUGCAGGAGUAAUAUACGUUGGUCAUCUUCCUCGAGGAUUGUGCGAGCCUCAGUUGAAAUCUUACUUUGAACAGUUUGGGAAAGUCUCACGAUUAAGAGUUUCCAGGAGUAAAAAGACCGGAGGGAGCAAAGGCUAUGGAUAUGUGGAGUUUGAGUGUGAUGAGGUGGCUAAGAUUGUGGCUGAAACCAUGAACAACUACCUUAUGGGAGAACGGCUCAUAAAGUGUCAUGUGAUACCACCCGAGAAGGUCCAUGGAAAGCUCUUUGUUGGCUCCAAGAUGGUCUUCAGGAAGCCAAAGCAGCCUGCAGUUACCCGGUACAACAAAGAACACGCGGAAGAUGAUCUGAAGAAACUUGGUGCUAAGCUUUUAAGCAAAGAGUCUAAGCUACGCAAGAGACUGGCAGCAAAAGGCAUUGACUAUGAUUUCCCAGGAUUUGCAGCUCAGAUUCCUGCAAAGAAGUCUCAAUCAGAAGCAGAUGUUUCCGUAUGCAGUGAGGAUAUCACUCCAGUGUGCACCCCAUCAGUUUUGGAGAGGAGGAAGUCGAUCAGAGUUGAGAAUGAGGAUGAUGAUGACGAAAUAAUCAUCAAAGUCAAAACAGCCCCAGAAGACAGCAAGGAUGUGGAAUAUAGCGAGGAAGAGUCUGAUGACGAGGAUGAUACUGAGGAGGAACAAACAGCUUAAUAAAAAGACUUCAAUCCUUGUUUUUAGAAGGGACACUGGACUCACUUUCAGAGCCGUUUAUAUGUGAUAAGUUCUCAGUCCUCCCCUACGGCUGGAGAAGAAGAGGACCAAACACAUUAUCCUGUCAAUAGUCAUUAACAAUCUGUUGGUUUUAGGUGUUUUAUGCAGAUGUUGUAUCUGUGACCUUUAUGGGGACAAUGUGGUCUCCCAGAGGUUUCUAAAAUCAGAUUGAUUGUGCAAUACACACACUAGAUGUGUAGUGUUACUUGGAAAAUUAAAUGGCAGGAUGGAUAUCAUUCUAUUUCUGACAAAUGUUGGUAUGAUGUAUACUGUCCAGUACUAUCUUCAGACAUGUAGCUUUGCAAAAUUGUUAAAAUGUGCUUAAACCAAUAAAGGUGUAUCAAAUAAAUAUCUUUUAAUGCUUUUUACAGCAAUUUUUACUAAA